CCUGCUGUUUGAGAUUUUAAAGAUGGCGACGGUAGGGACGCUGCAGCUCAGCCGCAUCUCUGCGUGUUUGACCGUUUUUCUCGGUGUAUUAAACAUAUUAAAAACGGGGAAUUGCGAUGAGCAGGUACCGCUUAUUCUGUGGACCAGCGAAGGGAUCUCUCUGCCCAGUCAGUCCCCUCCUACAGCAGGUCACAUCAUUGGGCAACAGCAGCUGGCCUCUUACCUGGAGAAAGCUCUGAAUGUGGGCCCAAGAAAUGUAGUGCUGUUCCUCCAGGACAAGAUGAGUAUUGAGGACUUCACCAUGUAUGGAGGGGCUUUUGGAAACAAGCAGGACAGUGUUUUUCCCAACCUGGAGAGUGCUUUGACAUCCUCGUCCUCCCCUCUGGUGUUACCCGCUGUGUCUUGGCCGGCUUCCAACGCAGUGAUUGGUCAGCUGCAGGACCAGUUGGACACAUCCCCUCUGUACAUGGACCCUGAGACACUGAGUCAGCUGAGACUCAACGCCUCCUCACCCGCCCUGCUGGUGUUCAGGCUGCCGUACGGCAUCGGAGCUGAUCUGAUGUCUGCCAAAGAGAUUCUCAGUGGAAACGAUGAGGUGAUUGGUCAGGUGUUGAGCACCAUGAAGACUCAGUCUGUCCCAUACACAGCCAUUUACACAGCCCUGCAGCCAUCAAGGGAGGCGGCGUCCCUCUCCAUGGAAGCAGGUCUGGGUGGAGGACGCUCUCUGCUGCAGGCCAGAGGUGGAUAUCGGGAGCGGGAGAGAGAAAGGGAGAGGCAGCGCAGGAUCAAGGAGAGGGCUGGGAUCUAUGGUCCAGUGGAGUUUAAGCAAGAAGAAGAAACCUGCAUCCUCCUGUGGGCAAAAAGCCUUUCAGUGCACAUCCUUCGGAGUGGUCGCUGGGAAGAACAUGACCUGACCCCAUCUACCUUUGGGGAGGGGGUCAGCCCAAAACUCCAUGGCUCAAGCUGCGACAAAACCAAAUCAAGGUUGGUUCUUAAUUAUGAGAAUGUCCUCGGCCACAGCAGCUUCAAACUGAUCUUUGCUAUGAGCCAGCGUCACUACAAGGUAUCUGCACGCCGCUGGUUCACACUGGACGCUGUGGAGCUGGAGUACGACGGCACCAAAGCCACAUUUAACGGCAGCAGAAACAUAUAUGCCCCUGCUGAGUACUCGUACCGCUGUGAGUCUGUCACCAGCUUCCGUUGGCCCCUGCUCGUCCCACGCACCUCUAAAGAUCCAGCCAAUCAGUGGAGGGUCUCUUUUGAAGACUUUCAGAUCCAGGGCUUUAACCUGACCGGCAGCGAGUUCUCGUACGCCAGUGACUGUGCAGGCUUCUUCUCUCCUGGUAUCUGGAUGGGGCUGAUGACCAGUCUUCUCAUGGUCCUGGUGCUCACCUACGGCCUGCACAUGAUCAUGCAGCUCCGCACCAUGGACCGCUUCGAUGACCCCAAGGGCCCAGCUAUCUCCGUGCCCCAAACAGAGUAACACACCCGGCUUCACUCAUCCAUUUUCCGCCUUUCUCCUCCUCAAACGCUUCUCUUACUGUAAUGCUUCCACCCUCACCCUUUACAUCCCGCUCCUGUUCAUCUGUAGUUGGGCAUUAUACAGACUGAUUAGUGGUGUUGUCAGAAUAAGGGUUUAGUCAUCACUGCAUAUGUGUCAGUUUAUACUUCAUGAGAAUCCUGAGACUGAAGAAUUGAGUUUUCAGGUAGCUCCAGUUUGUGUUUCUCAUGUAUCAGCAUUACAUUGUAGUCACAGUGGGAAGCAGCCGUCACCCAGAAGGUAGUUUAACAACACUUUAACCUGUUAUGAAGGCAUUUCCAGAAUCCUCAGAGUCUCUUCUAACUUAAAAUAUUCAUCUGAAAAGAUUUUGAACUUCACUUUUUUCAAGUUGUGUCCUAAUCCAAAAAAAGAUGGGAGCUGUAAAUUGCUCACACUGACAAACAUUAAUGUAUAAACAAAACAAUGGAAAGAAAGAAGGUCUUUAAAAAAAAAAAAAAAAAAUCCAGAUGGUUAGAGUGCUGUUAAAUCGCCUUUAUAGGUUUUUUGAACAUAAUGCUAAUACAUGACAGAAACUGGAUAAAUGACCCCCAUUAAAGGGACAUAACUGUACAUAAAGGGACAGAAAUAACUUACAAAAAAUGAAUUUAGAAAUGCUAUUUAUUGGUGAAACUAAUUUGUGUAUGUGUGUGUGUUUGCAAUUGUGUCAGUGAAUAGAUAAGUUAAAUGAAGGGAUCAUAUUUUCUGUAUGGAUGAUAAAUGAUAUUCAUAACAUAUAGCUCAGUCCAUUAUUCUUGAUCAAAGAACAAAUGGACAAUUCAGAUAAGCUGGUGUUUGAAAGGAGCAUGAAUAUACAGCAUUAAAAGUCAGACAUUUCCAGUUGUUUGUGAAUAACCUUUAUGUUCGUCUCAUCCAAACAUGAGCUUAAGUAACUGUUGUAAGUUUUUGAACACUAUUUAUUUGUAAAGGCAAGCUUUCCACAACUGAUGUGCACUGAAAUAUCCUCAAUGUGAAACAAUUAUUUUUCUGUUUAAUUUAUUUUGAAGAUUUGCUGUGAAUAUCGAUGAUGUAAGAUCCUGAAUGUGGUCCUGUGUUGUGCUGCUACUGUGACCCCACCCAAUAAAAAAUAAAUAAAUAAAUAAUAAAUAAAAAA